AUCAGGUAGCAUUCACCCAUAUUCUCACGUGUCGCUACAUUAAUUCUUGCCCGAACCAUGCGUUAUCUCUCAAUUGGUGCCACAGUAGCAAGUCUACUUGCAUCUAGUAUAGCCUUUGGAUUAUCUCCCCAAGAAGUGUUGGAUAAAAACUCCCCACAAAUACUUCAUGAAACUAGCAUCGAUCCCUGUACCUUGGUGGACUCUCCAAAAGCGAAUGCCAGCGUGCAAUUGGGCAGCUGGCUAGAAUGCGCCGUAAAUGGUUUUUACCCAUUCCCAGCAAACAAAAACUGGCCCGAGGGUCACGCAACCUCUUUUUCAAAAGACAUCAGAUUUACAUUCAACGACACGCACUACGACUUUGAAGGUUCACGAAGGCUUUACAAUACAUUCAACGCAACCCUAGGCGUCGCUUUCGCGCCCUUCAAGCACGGUUUCAUCAACACACUCGGCAUUCCCAACGCCAAUGGCGACAAGGGCGGCUUCGUGUACAUGAUUGGGUGGGCCGGUGGAUUCCAGACGCGCAUACAGCGCGAUGUCUACUUUACCAAUGCGGCGUUUGCAGUGGUCAAGGAAGUGGAGGGGGAGAGGAAGAUUGUUGAGUUUAGAGAAAGUAGUAACAUUCCGAAUACUGCGAUUUUGCCGCCGCCAGUCGAGUGGACGUGCGAGUUUUAAUAGGUGGGGGAAGCUUUUGGGUGUUAUCCGGAAAAAAUGGAUUGGAUAUUCAAGAUAUAUAGAACACGUGUGCUCGGACACGUACAGAUAAUGGAUUCUUGGACUACGCAGAGGAAUAUAUGCUACAAGUCCUCAUGUAUAUGUAAUAGCUUCGUUUGUCAAAGUCCUCGAACAAAAAAGAAUAAGAAGAAUGGA